AUGCACGCCCUCACCAUCGCCCUCUCUGCUCUGGCCGGUGCCGCCGCCGCCAAGGAGGUCCGCGGACCUUGGAUGGGACCUCGUGCCCUCGGCACCGCUCCCGCUGCGCCUGCCAGCACCGAGACUCUCACCACCUACACCACCGUGACGACCUGCCCCGUCACCAAGACCAAGACGGACCACUCCUCGGUGUACGUGACGACGGAGCUGACGACCAGCACCGUGACGGUCACGUCGUGCGUCGGCGGCUGCAAGCACCAGGCCAGCAGCUCGUCCAGCUCCGCCGCCGCCGUCGUCGUUCCUCACACGACGGCCCCCUCGGCCCAGGCCGCCAGCACCACGGCUUACGCCUCGGGCACCACCACCGAGGUCGUCACCAGCGUCUUCCCCACCACCCUGACCACCACCCUCACCUCCUUCGUGCCCUGCUCCACCUCGGUCGCUCACGAGGGCAAGAGCACCUUCUACUCGACCUGGUUGACCGCGACCUACAUCCCCACGACCAAGGUCACGACUACCUCGACCGUCCUGACCCUGCACCCGGCGCCCAGCAGCACGACCGCGCCCGCCGUCUCCGCCGCGGCCAUCACCUCCGCCGCGGCCGGCACCUGCGCGCCUGUGACCGUGACCGUCUCCGCCCCCGCCGUCACCGUCGAGAAGGUCAAGACCGUCACCGUCACGGCCGACGCCAGCGUCAACGCCGCCAGCGCCCCUGCGCCUAAGCCCACCGAGCCUGCUGCCACCAAGCCCGCUGAGGCCGUCACCAAGGCCGCCUCCGCUGCUGCCGGUGCCUCCACCACCGACUGCUCCUCCUCCUCCAAGAAGGGCCCCAACCCCUCCUCCUCCCUCCACUGGAGCGUCUCCACCAAGGACAACGGCGCCGCUGCCCCCUCGGGCGCUGCCGCUCCCACCGGCAACUAA